UUUAUACUAAUUGUCAGAUUGAUUAUACUGAGAUCUUGCAUACUUAAAUUUGCUGAAUUUCUGGGAAAUAUGGAUAUACUUGGUCUUCAUCAGUUCAUUGCGGCACCAAUAAAAAAUCUUUUUCGAUUUCAACGUAUUAAAGAAAUUAAAACUUUGCAUGCAUUGGGUAUUUUGAUUGGGCCUAUAAAUGAAAUGCUACUCUGCUUGUAAGUGGACAAAGAAGUAAUGUUUCCUAUGGAAGAUUCAAAUCAUAUGGAUAUUCGAUUAUUGAAUCUUUACAAUGUUUGGGAACAUAUGGAACAUUAUCGUCGAAUGUAGAUUGACAAAAUAAAAUGGAUGAAUCCUCCAGCGUGUAGCAAUGAAGCAUAUACACCUACCUCUGUAGAACACAUAGCAAAUGUAGCUACUCAUGGGAUUUGGGUUGUACCAUCUGUCAUAGGUAGCUGGGAACUGGUCCACCGUUCUAUAACAUGGACCCAAUUAGUAUCAGCUUAUGUAUAUGGUACAUCUCUGAUUCUUAUUUUUACGGUUUCGACAUUUUUCCACAGUGUACAUUAUUGCAAUAAUAACAGACAGCUUAAAGAAACGUUGCAUCGUUGUGAUCGUGCCAUGAUUUACAUUUUUAUUGCUGCAAGUUAUUUUCCUUGGUUAAAUGUAGAUCAUUUUCCAGAUGAUGAAGUAUUAUUUAUAAUGCGUUAUGCUGUUUGGAUUAUGGCAAUAUUGGGUAUAGUGUAUCAACAAAUCUUCCAUGAACGAUAUAAAAUGUUAGAAACAAUUUUUUAUGUAAUUAUAGGAAUUGGUCCUAGUUAUGCUAUUAUUAAUGCAUAUAAUCAAUAUAACAUUACUGAAUUAAAAUUGGGAGGAUUGUUUUAUAUUUCUGGCAUUGCAUUUUUUAAAUCUGAUGGAAGAAUACCAUGUGCACAUGCGAUUUGGCACCUUUUCGUUGCUGUCGCAGCUGGACUUCAUUAUUAUGCCAUAUUAAAUCAUGUCUUUCCUAUAGUGUGUUCAUCAGAUAAUUUUAUGACAGCAGAUGUACCAUCAUUACCAAAACUGUUAAAUUCUCAUAUUGAAGAAUUAUAAAAAAUUUUAUAAUAUUGAUUUUAUAUCACAUCAAACAUUUUAUGAGAAUUUUUAAUACAAAAUUAAUAAAGUAA